UGGAGCCUGAGAGCAGUCGUAUCAGACAACCUGCUUUGUUCAAGACGGCUGGAAUAUGGAACGAGAUUGUAAACUUGAACUUAUCGGACUGUUGCUUUUAUUUCUGGCCUUGUUGAUCUCGAUGAGUCUCAAUCUCAUUCUCUUCCUCAAACAAAGAGCCUCUUUGUGCAGAGAAAAAGAUGACUGCUGCUUCUCACAUAUUUAUGAAGGAGAAAGGCCGUCACAGGUCGAAGGUCGUUUCUUUCCUGAUCAGCAGGAAAAUCCCCACAUGCAACAGGAAAAUCCAAUCUAUGGAAACAUCACCACAGUGAGAACAGAGGUUUUCACCGAGAUGAUGACAAUGCCACCCACAGGAGGUCGUACGGAGAAUGACCUGAAUUACGCCUCAUUGGAUUUGAAGAUCGCAAAGCAACGCAAGAGGAAGUAUCAACAACAGCUAGAGCAGACCCGAAGCAGCCGUCAGGAUCAGCUGCCGGUUCACCUCCCACCCCCCAUGAAUAGUUUCUUGGAGUUGGACGGAGACAUGGAUGCUCACCUUCCUCCCAGAGACAACAGCACCAUGGUCUCACACGCCAGCAUCUACCUGAACAGCCAACAGAUCGCCCAAGAGACGGAGGAGAUGGCCAAAGAAAGUAGUAUGAACUGGGCAAGGGAGGAUAUGGGGUGGGGGGGAAAUACACUCGAGGAAUAUGGGGGAACGACGGACUGGAGAGGAGAGGAAGAGAGUGAAGAAAGACCAGAUAGAGAGCUGGGUGUUCGGAACGGGUCUGUGUGUGCACAUGCUGCUCAGAGAGAUUCAGAGGAUUUCACCAGCAGCAUCUGGCAAGAAAGUGACCGACAAUGUAUCAUAUAG